AUGAAUUGCACCGGCGCACACAGUGACCUGGUGAGGUGUCUCGGCUUCAAGAUCGUCUCAAACGUUGCCCCCCUGAGCUACUUGACUCAACUGGGGGACAUUUUCAAGGAGUUCAUCGAGUCCUUCGCCAAGCUCGCCUCCAAGUUGGUGGCUCAAGCGAUGAAGGGCGGGGAGUCGCUGCUGCAGACUGCGGUCACCACGGAGUUCCUCGCUGCCGGUGCGCAGGCCAUGGUGCAUCACAGAAGCGCCAACCUCGUCAUCAAGAAGCACUCGCAGAAGAUGCCAGGCAAACACGCCGAGCUGCUGCAGGAGAUGGCGAACUUGGAGGAGAAGCCCAAGCCUCCAGCUGCAGUCAAGUGGAGCUUUGACGACUAUGGCCCUGAGACCCAUGCGCUGGUCACCCAGUUCAACGGCAGGGAGACCAGCACCGGAUCUUGUCUGGCUUUCGCGCCCAGAAGCAAGACCGGCAGCAACAACCAGGCGACACAGGCGGAUUGGCAGGCGGAGACCAAGGACGACUUCGUAAAGCUCGAGCCUUGGGCAGUGCCUUGUGGCAACACGUGGAUGAAGGACCAUUGGGACAAGUGGCAGGGGUAUUCCUUCUAUUCGGUGGACACUUCAAUUGAGAAAUGCCUGACGGUGACUUUCGCGUUGAACAUGCAGCCCGUGGCCUCCAUGGUGGGUGGCAUCGAAUUUACCUUGCUGCCGGGACCGUUAGCGGAAGUCGAUACCCAAGUCUGCUGGCCCCGGCACCAGCCGGGUGGGUUAGACCUGAGCGUCUUGCGGUCUGUGAUCAAGUCGAACGGCGUGCUCCUCUUCAGCCGGACACUUCGCCUGUCGAAGAGGUUUGGCGACAACACGCACUUCGUGACGGAGAACGUCCAAGGAGGUCACCAGACAUCGCGAAGCUUCUUCGGUACAUCAGCAACGGGUGAGGAAAGCGAAACCGGCAUGGCAUCCAUGAAGAGAUCGUCGCUUCUGGAGAGCAACCAGAGCCGGGCACAGGCGAAGGCUCGCUUGCUGGAGUCUCUGCGCUGGGAGACGGACGAGGAGGAUCUGUGUUUGGCUUCGGUCGAAUAUGGAGCGGACAUGGGCGUGAAGAAGACGUCCGAACUCCGAGGAUCCUAUGCCAGAGAGCGGAUCAACUCUCUUCUGGUUCCGGGUUUCGGUGACAUCAUCAAAGAAGUCACCGCCGCGGUCGACCCUGCCGCGAGGAGGGGAGCCAGGGGAUGA